GUUCAUUACUCCCACCUUGAAGCCCUCUUCUUUGUCAUAUGUAACUCCUUAUGCUCUGGUUCUUCUUCUGUGUUUCUGUUUCUUUUCUGUUUUCUUUGGGGGCUCUUUUUUAAUUCAUUACCUAAAUGUAGGUGUUCCUGUGGCUCCAUUCUUGGCCUUACUCUACAAACAUGAUCUAAGCUGUUCCCCGGAUUUCAUCUCUUACCUGUAUGCUUAUAACCUUUCUGUCAAGCUUUGGACUCAUAUCCAACUGGCAGCUACUGCUUUACCUGGAUACCUCAUAUCCAUUUCAAUUCCACUCAGUUAUUCAGAGUAGAAACCUGUAGUUAACUGUGAAUCCCCCAACACUACCUUCUUCACUUUUUAUAUCUAAUGAAACACCAAGCCAUGACUGUUUUACCUGGUCCCUUAUCUGCAGCUCUACUCUUCCCAUACUAGGUCAGGCCCUCAACAUCUUUCCUAGAGCUUUGGUACUCAAAGUGUGGUUUGUGGCCAGCAUCAUCAGCAUCAUUUGGAGCUUGUUAGAAAAAAAGAAUCUCAAGCCUCACUGCAGACCUGCUGGAACGGAAACUGCAUUUUGACAAGAUCCCUAGGGAUUUGUACUCACAUUAAAUUUUGAGAAGCAUUGUUCUAGAAUAUUGCCACAGCCUCCUAACUACUAUCCCUGCCAUCAGUUUUGUCUCUCCAAAUCUACCCUCAAUUUAACCACUAGAGUGUUUCACCUAAAGUGCACAUCCUUCCAGGUCAUUCCCUACUUUAAAAUCCUCACUUGUUUCUCCUUUUUCUGAGGAUAAAAAUCUAAGCUUCAUAGCUCUUUACCAUCAUUCCCUGCCUAUGUUCUCCAGGCUUAUCCCCUCUUACUUCCUGCCAUGAUCUGUAUAGGUCAGAACCUGCAAACUGCUUAUGGUUUCCAGAAACCAUUACCCUAUUUCUUGUCUCUCUGCCCUUUUUCAUGCUGCCAUUUUGGAACAUCUCCAUGUUCCUCUUCUUUAUCUAAUUCCUAACUCAUUCUUUAACAUACUACUUCCGGGAAGCCUUUUCACUCCCUUCAAGACUUAUCUUCUGUGUUUCCUUAGCCUGCAUGUCUAAUUUUCUCUCUGUGCGUCUUUAUCUCCCACUAGAAUGUAUAAGAUCUUUGAGGGAAGGGAUUUCACCUAACUCAUCUGUAUUUCCGGUGCUAGAGAUAGAAACUGGCACAGAGUAGGCCUACCUCAAUAGCGAUUAGUUUAAUAUAGAAUCAGUGAACUGCUAAUCUUGAUAUAUUGAGUGCUAACCCUGCAUUGGUACUAUUUAAGUUUCCUAAUUAAUGUGAUUCAACAUAUCUCAAAAAGUUACAUAGAGAUCUGUGUUUUUAUCUAGGAAUUUGAAGAAUGUUGAUUUAGGCAAGUGUAGAAAUAAAAGUGGUAGGGCUUCUGAAAGUAGUAGAUGUUUGGAGAAAUGACAAACUUUAACUUGUUAGGAUAUUUUUCCUAUUGCUGGGGUGAGGAUAUCUGAAAUAAGUACCUUCUAGUUUAAUGGACAGCAUUAGGUAAAAUUGGAACUGAGUCAACUAUGAGAAGUGUACAUACUCUGGUCACUUCUAAAGGGAGAGUCAUGUUAGCAUUCUGAAGUUUCAAGGUUAUUAGAAUAAGAGAAGGAGAAUUUUGGUGAAAUUUUCAUCUGGCCAGGGAGGGAGUGCUGACCAUUAGCAUAAUAGAGCUCAAAGAACAAAUUUUCAGCCCUGCUUUUAACUGUCCCAUUUUAAGAACAGUAAACAUUUGAGGAUUAAAAAAUAGCUGGAGAAUUUAAAUUAGCUAAUGAGAAUUUCAAAGAACAGAACAGCAGAAGCCCAUAUUAUAAGCGAGCAAGUGGUAAGACAGAAACCAUUUGAUACAUGACACCUUAACUAUUUCAUUCAUCACCCCAUUUUCUCCCUUCUUUCUGUCUCUGCCUUUUUUCCAUCUGUUUUGUUUAUAUAUGUUCCUACUAUACCUAAUCUCUCUUUCUUCAUCAUUCUCACUGCUUUCUUCAUGUCCCUCAUCCGGGCCAGAUCUUAUUAGCACAGGAAUGGCUACCAUAACGAUAUGGAACUAAAGUAUCAUUUACUAUGAGAACCUACGUUUGCCAUAUUUGUAAUAUCACCUUUACAUCUUUAGAAAUGUUCCGAUCCCAUAUGCAAGGAAGUGAACACCAAAUUAAAGAAUCCAUUGUUAUCAACCUAGUGAAGAAUUCAAAGAAGACACAAGACUCUUAUCAAGAUGAAUGUGCAGAUUACAUCAAAGUGCAGAAAGCCAGAGGAUCAGAGUCCAAGACUUGUUUCAGAAAGAUGGAAGAGGAUUCUCUGGAAACCCGUGGGUACAGGGAAGUAGUUGAUUCCAGGUCCAGACAUAGAAUGUUUGAACAAAGACUCCCAUGUGAGUCUUUCCGGACAUACCCAGGAUCAUACAAUAUUUCACAAACAGGAGAAAACCAAUUACCUCAUUGCUCACCAGCUCAUUCAAAGAGGACCUAUGACUCUUUCCAAGAUGAACUGGAAGAUUACAUCAAAGUGCAGAAAGCCAGAGGACUAGAUCCAAAGAUUUGUUUCAGAAAGAUAAGAGAGAACUCUAUGGAAACCCGUUGGUACAGAGAAGUUGAUUCUCGACCCAGACAAAGAAUAUUUGAGCAAAGAUGUUCACUUGAGACUUCCCAGACCUACCAACAACCAUAUAAUAUUUCACCAGUGGAAAGCCAAUUACAUCACCGGUUACCAGCUCAUUCAAAGAGGACUUAUGAUUCUUUCCAAGAUGAACUUGAAGAUUACAUCAAAGUGCAGAAAGCCAGAGGACUAGAGCCAAAGACUUGUUUUAGAAAGAUUAAUGAUAGCUCUACGGAAACCCAUAAGUACAAAGAAAUGGUUGAUUCCAGACCCAAACAUAGAAUAUUUGAGCAAAAACUCCCAUUUGAGACUUCCCAGACCUAUACAGGAUCAUACAGUAUUUCACAAGCAGUAGAAAACCAGUUACCUCAUUGCUUACCAACUAAUGACAGCAAACAGAGACUAGACUCCAUGACCUCUUGUCAACCCAUCAGAGACUAUUUCCCAGAAAAACCAGUACCCCUGAGCCUUAGUCAGCAAGAAAAUAACUCUGGCCCAUACAGUGUAGAAUCUGAAGUUUACAAGCACCUCUCCUCAGAAAACAGUACCAGUGACCAUCAAGCAGAUCAUAAACGGAAACAUCAGAAAAGAAGAAGACACCUGGAGGAAAGUGAAGAAAGGCCAGAGAAAGAAGAGCAGUCCAAGCAUAAAAGGAAAAAGAGUUAUGAGGAUACUGAUCUAGAUAAGGACAAGAGCAUCCGACAAAGGAAAAGAGAGGGAGAUAAAGUCAGUGUCAGUUCAGGAAAGCUUAAACAUCGAAAAAAGAAAAAAAGCCAUGGUGUACCCACUGAGAAAGAAGAACGUAAGCACAAGAAAGAGAAAAAGAAAUCUGUUGAAGAAAAGACAGAAGAGGAAAUGCUUUGGGAUGAAUCUAUUCUUGGAUUUUGAGCUUUUAGUUUUGUUUACCCAAGGAUGAAUUGAAGAAAUCAGUUAAGAACAUGGAUUUAGACAAACAGAACAUCUAGUGAAGAAAAGGAGCAGUGAUACAGUCAAUGUCAGUUCAGGAAAGCUUAGUUUUUGUGUGUAUAAAUUGAAAUUGAAUUGAAAGAAGAAACAAACAAGCUUAGACCUACCCUCUGAGAAAGAAUGUAAGAAAAACAUAAAAACACAACAAGAACAUAAGAGAAAAGGAAACCUGUUGAAGAAAAGAUGAGAGUCAAUGUUUUGGGAGGAAUCUGUUCUAGGAAUUUGAACAUUUCAUUUUGUUUACCUAAGGAUGAAUUGAAGAAAUCAGUUUAGAAAAUGGAUUUAGACAAAAACCAAAAACAUCCAAUGAAGAAGAGAAGAGGUGAAUAUGGUUAUUGUCAAUUCAGGAAAGCUUAGUUUUUUGGGGGGGUAUAAAAAUUGAAAAUGAAUUGAAAGAAGAAACAAGCAUAAACCUAGCCUCUGAGAAAGAAGAACAUAAGAACACAAGAAUAGAAAAGAAAAGUAAACCUGUUGAAGAAAGAUAAUGCUUUGGGAUGAGUCUACUCUUGGAUUUUGAACUUUUUAGUUUUGUUCCCUUACGGUUGAAUUGAAGAAAUAAGUUGAAGAGUUUGGUUUCAUGAAAUUGUUGUUAUUUGAAUUUUCCUAAGUGAACAGUUAACUUUAACCUCUAACAAAAGCCAAGUGAAGUAAAAGUAUUCAAUAUGCCUUUUCCUUAAGUUACUUUUCUUCAUUUUCUUAAAAAAAAAGAAAAAGUACGUUUCUUACAUAUAAUGUAAUUUUGCUUAAUGAGGUUGUCUCUACUUCUAUUCCUCAAAUUGCUGUGGUGGUGAAUUAUUUACCCAUGGGAGAUAAUUUAUUUUAAAUGAGAGAAUUACCAGGCAUUAGAGAAUCCAUUCCUUGUUUGGGUUUGUGAUAGUGUUGGUAUUUUAUUAUUGUUGUUGUGUGUUUGUUUCUUGGUUUUCUCCCAAGAAAAAUGUAUGAAGCGAUUUAGACUGAUUUUUUUGUUUGUUAAAUCUAAUUUGCAGUGUAUUUUUAUAUUUUCUAGUUCUGAAAGUGAAAAUGAAACAGUCUAUAAUAAAUUUAGAUGAUAUAUAGUUUUAAAAAGCUCUCAAAAUGUACUGAUACAAAAUCAGUCUAUAUUCUGGAAAUGUUUAUAUUAUAUUAAAGUGUUUUAAUUUCUA